CGUAUUUUGAUCGUUUAAUGUCGUAACCUUUAUCUCUCCCAAACAAAAGCCUUACACCAUGAAUGAAGAAACCACCACCGAAAGCAACACCACCAUGACCACCCCAAAGAAAAAAACCAACCGCUUACUCCUCCUCCUCACUGUCCUCCUCCUCGUGGCCGGAGGCACCGGCGCCCCCCUCGUCUCCCGCCUCUACUUCAUACACGGCGGCCAACGCAAGUGGCUCACUGCCUGGAUCCAGACAGCUGCUUUCCCCAUCCUGUUAAUCCCUCUUUCUCUCUCCAAAUUUUCCACCAGAAAAGCCUCAAAAUCUGAAAGAAGACAGCCCCAUCUUACCUUUCCCUUGGCCCUUCAAAGCGCGGCCAUAGGCCUGCUCUUCGGCCUUGGCGGCUACAUGUACGCUUUCGGCCUCUCUUACCUCCCCAUUUCAACCUCCUCUCUCCUGGUUUCAACUCAGCUCGGCUUCACCGCCUUCUUUGCAUUCUUGAUUGUUGGCCAAAGGUUAACUACCUAUACAAUAAAUGCUGUGGUUUUGUUGAGCUUGGGUUCGGUCUUGUUGGCGCUGAGGGCGAGUGGUGAUAAGCCUAAGGGCGUGACGGGUGCCCAAUAUGGGUUAGGGUUUGUGCUCACACUCGGUGCUGCUGCUCUUCUUGGUUUGGUUUUUCCUUUGAUUGAGUUGGUGUAUGUGAAGUCUAAGCACAUUGUGACGUUUGGGUUGGCGAUGGAGAUGCUUCUUCUUCUUUCGGUUGUCGCCACGGGGUUCUGCACAAUGGGGAUGCUCAUUAACAAGGACUUUCAGGUUAUUGCAAGGGAGGCAAAAGAAUUUGGAUUGGGAGAGUUUAAGUACUACGUGACAGUGGUGGCAAGCGGCAUUUUGUGGCAAGUUUCCUUAAUCGGAAGUUUCGGUUUCGUCUUGUACACCACCUCUCUCCUCAAUGGGAUUCUUAUGGCAGUGCAGCUGCCUUUGAACAGCGUAUUAGCAGUCAUCUUUUUCCAUGAGAAGUUUAGUGGAGAAAAGGGCUUGGCCCUGGUUUUAUGUUUGUGGGGGUUGGCCUCUUACUGCUAUGGAGAACACAUUCAAUCAAAGGAGGAGGAGGUUGUAAGGGAUAUAGAGAUUAACCACUUGUAAGGGCCAUAAAAUUCUGAAGGGGGAUCCUCAUUCCUGGUUGGACACCAAACUAAUCACACCAAUUGUCUGAAGCUAAAUUUAGGAAACAGGAAUCUGGUGCUGAUUUCACCACAACAAUUUGAGUCGGUUCACUGAUUCCCUGUUCGGCUUGCUGAUUUUAUGUGAGUCGAUCUUGAAACACCAAAAAUCAGUUAUGAGUUCGAGUUGUGGAAAUUUUGUUCCAAGAUCUUUUGAAUUUCAUGGAAAAUUUCCUACUUGGUGAAAAUGUGAAUAAAUCCUUUUUACCUGAUAA